CAAAGCAAGAAUGAAUUAACACACAUAAGAGGUUGCAUUAAUUUUUAUAAUAUCUUUAAACGUAAAAUAAAUUCAAAGAGACGAAAUAGUCAUUCAUACACUUAAGUGAAAUGUCUUCAACGCUUUUUGCGCAAUAUUUCAAGCGUAGGUUUUGUGAACGUUUAAAGCACGAUUUAAAUUUGCGCGCAAAUCUCAAACAUCAUCGCUUCCAUGGCAACAAGAAAACACUCGCAUGUUUCACUGAAACUAAAGAAGCGACGAAAACUUCAAUGGCUCCGAAAAAGAAGGGAAAGAAUGGCGAUGAUAAAUCAAAACAAAAAGAAAACAUGGCGUCUGAGAAGAAAAAAUCUGGAGAAUUAACAGAAGGUGACAAAAGGUUUUAUCAAGCUCAAAUACGAGAUUUGGAAGAGCGACUGGGAAGCCCUAAUAAGGACAGGGUAAAGCAAGAAGUAAAACAACGUUUAGAUGAAGAAAAAGAAAAAUUCCAGCGGGAUGCGUAUCAGAAGAUGCCGGAGACAAUGAUGAGAGCCAUGCAGGAGAAUCGGUUUCUGGCAGCUCGUCUCAAACAACUCAAACACCAGAAUGAAGAACUGUUGAAGGAAAAUGAUGCUGUGAAAGCCAAAGGAAAGCAACUUAAAAUAGAAAACAAAACCUCGGAAUCUCUUCUGCAUGAGAUAACUGUGAAGAAUGUCAAAAAUCAAAAGGUGAUCCAGCAGCUGACAGAAAAGUGCAAGCAAAUGCAAACCGAACUAGAAAAAUACGUCAAACUUCAAAUGAAGCACCAAAAGCUUCUGGAAAAUCAGUCGACGGUAUGCACAGAGCUUGAUGUUCUCAGACAGAAUCAUGCAGCAGUUACAGAGAUGCUUCAACAAACGAAAGCUGAAGUGGAGAGCCAGAGAAAAGAUCUUGAGGAGGAGAGAAGACUUGGAGGACAGCUGAAGACGGUUCUUCGGGAAGCAGCCAUAGCUUUAAAAGAGGCCCUGAGGGAGGUCCCUGAAAAGGACGACUCUGAGGUUUCGGCUAUUGUCAGACGUCAUCAGAUGAUGCAGAGUCUCCUGGCUGUGCUGGAAACGGCUGUAGCUGUUGGGGAAGGUCCAGCUCUUGUUGAAUUCAUUCCAGCGAUGGGAUCUACAAAAUCACCAAACGUUGAAAGAUCGAGUGAACUUCUUAGGCAGAAAUCCACCAAUCGCCUUUCUCACUACAAACCUGGAGAUCUGGGAUUGGUCCCUCGCAAAACACAAGCCACCUCAUCUAAGAUGGGACAUAAUAAAUAAGGGUACAGCCUUUAGUACAAUUAAA